AUUUUUCAAAAAUGCUUUAAAACUAAUCCUUACCAUGCAUCAUCAAGAACUCAAGGCAUUAGUGCGUCUCAAUAUUCUUUAGUGGAGUGUCACUUUCAGAUCAACAUCUGCUACACCUUUCGCCUAUAAAAGGGAAAGCUUCCAAUACUUCGUAUGGUGUGAGUUGAAGAAUAAUAGAGAAGAAACUUAUCAUUCUCUCUAGCUUUCUUUCUUUCUUUCCUUUUUCCUGUUCAAAGUUUAAUCAUGGAUGGCAAGAUCAGUUGGACCGUUGCUGAUGCUGUAGACUACAAUGGUCUUCCUGCAGACAGAUCUAAAACUGGAGGAUGGGUCCCUGCUGCACUUGUUCUAGGUAUCGAAGUAUGCGAGAGGCUUUCAACAAUGGGAAUAGCAGUUAACCUGGUGACAUAUUUGACUGGGACAUUGCAUCUGGCUAGUGCAACUUCAGCCAAUAUAGUGACAGACUUUAUGGGCACUUCUUUCCUUUUGUGUUUGCUUGGAGGAUUUCUUGCUGAUUCUUUCCUAGGCAGAUACAAAACUAUUGCAAUAUUUGCUGCCAUACAAGCACUGGGCACUGGAAUGCUAGCUUUGGUGACUAAGCUGUCACAGCUACGGCCACCUCCUUGUCUCACCAACCAUUCAUGUGUACAAGCAAAUGGAUUCCAAAUGGGAAUUUUAUACAUCGCUUUAUAUAUAAUUGCACUAGGAACUGGAGGUCUAAAAUCAAGUGUUUCAGGAUUUGGAACUGAUCAGUUCGAUGAGAAAGACGAAAGGGAGAAAGCCCAGAUGGCUUAUUUCUUCCACAGGUUCUUCUUCUUCAUUAGCUUAGGAACACUGUUGGCUGUAACAGUGCUUGUUUAUCUACAAGAUGAAGUUGGUCGCAGCUGGGCUUACGGGAUUUGUUCUGUGGCUAUGUUUGUAGCCAUCUUGAUAUUCUUUUGUGGGACUAAAAGAUACAGGUACAAGAAGAGCGUGGGGAGUCCCAUAGUUCACAUUUUCCAGGUUAUUGUAGCUGCUAUAAAGAAGAGGAAUAUGAACCUCCCUUACAAUAUCAGCUCAUUGUAUGAGAACACCCCAGAGGCCUCAAGAAUCCAGCAUACUGAUCAGUUCCACUUCUUGGAUAAGGCAGCCAUAAUUGCAGAAGGAGAUUUCGAAAAUACCGGUGCUGCUCCAAAUCCAUGGAAGCUAUGCUCAGUGACAAGAGUGGAGGAAGCGAAAAUGAUGGUGAGAAUAUUGCCAAUCUGGGCCACAACCAUCAUUUUCUGGACCACAUAUGCACAGAUGAUAACAUUCUCAGUUGAACAAGCAUCCACCAUGGAAAGAUCAAUCGGAAGUUUCCAAAUUCCAGCUGGGUCUCUCACAGUCUUCUUUGUGGCUGCUAUUUUAAUUACACUAGCAAUCUAUGAUCGUUUGAUCAUGCCUCUCUGGAAGAAAUGGAAAGGAAAACCAGGUUUCAGCAAUAUCCAGAGAAUAGGCAUCGGCCUGGUUCUGUCAACUUUUGGGAUGGCAGCAGCAGCACUAGCCGAGAGAAAACGUUUAUCAGUAGCCAAAGCUGUCGGGGGCAACACUUCAACCCUGCCUCUGACCGUAUUCUUGCUGAUACCACAAUUUUUCUUAGUGGGUGCAGGUGAAGCUUUCAUAUACACUGGACAGCUCGAUUUCUUCAUAACCCAAUCUCCCAAAGGAAUGAAAACUAUGAGCACCGGCCUCUUCCUGACAACUCUGUCACUGGGUUUCUUCGUCAGUAGCUUCCUGGUCAUGGUCGUGAAGAGGGUGACUGGAACCGACGGUGGCCAGGGAUGGUUAGCUGAUAACAUAAACUACGGCAGGCUUGAUUGUUUCUACGGCCUUCUCGCCAUUCUUGGAGUUGUGAAUUUUGUGGUGUUUCUUGUUUGUGCUUUGUGGUACAAGCCCAGCAAUGGCAACACUAAGUCUGGUUUGCAGAUGGAGAAUAUUGGCAAUGGGUCCUUAGCUGAGGAAAAAUGCUAGCAGCUAGAGACCGGUUGAUUGUGAGGGAUUUUCCAAUUUGGGUUUGGUGUCUCUGUAUAAAUUUAUUAAAAAAAAAAAAAAAAGGGUUUGGCUAUCAACUGAGUGGCUUGUGAUUUCAGUAGUGUGUUCAAUCUGUAAACUGAAAUUCAAACGUUGUACUAGUGAGUCCGAAUUUUUUUGCCUGCAAAUGUCUUGAUAUGUAUUCUCCUUCUCUCA